AUGCCUAUACAGAACUCUUUAGCCCUUUUUAUCAUCAUUCUAAUAAUUACUCUCCUAUAUCUCGCAUUUAUAACACGAGUUGGUCAUAGGCCGAGGGAUUUCCCACCAGGGCCACCGACGCUUCCUAUCAUAGGUAAUCUUCAUCAGAUGCCGGUAAAGCCCGAGGAGAAUGGUAAGAAAUUCGAAGAGUGGGCACGGCAGUACGGCCCUAUAUACUCUCUCAUUCUCGGUACAAAAGUCUGGAUUGUGGUCUGCAAGGACUGGGCGGUCAAAGACCUAUUGGAUAAACGAGGAGCCAUCUACUCGUCAAGACCCGAUGCCUAUCUGGCGCAAGACAUUUUUAGCGGUGGCAUGAGGGCAUUUUUAAUCAAAGACGGCGAAACAUUCAAAAGAAACCGCAAACUUGGUCGCAUCCAUCUAAGCGAGACGGCGUCGAGGGCAUACGUCCCAUACCAAGACCUGGAGAAUAAAGCAAUGCUAGUAGGCUUUAUAGAGAAGCCUGAGUUGUUUAUCGACCAUAUUAAACGCUUUACGACUUCCCUGACAACGCAGAUGAUAUUCGGUUUUCGUGUUCUCGCUGAAGAUGACCCGUUGCCCAAGAAGUUGUUCCAGUCAUUCGACCGCUUUUCCAAUAUAUGUUUUUCCCUGACCGCAACUUUAUUAGACAUAUACCCAGUGCUAAGACAUUUGCCUGAUCUUCUCAUACCAGAGAAAAUGCGAGCGAAGGAACUACAUAAAGCGGAACGAGAGCUUUUUCUUCGUUUAUACCUUGAAAUAAAGGAGAAGACUUCCGAGGGCACAGCCCCACCGUGCUUCUCUCGAAACCUUGCCCAGGUUCAACAGGAAGAAGGCAUGUCGGAUGAUCAAGCGGCAUACACUUGCGGCUCGCUCCUUCAGGGCGGUCUCGGUUCUACCGUGGAGACGCUCACCGGCUUUGUCAAAGCCAUGGUUAUAUUUCCCAACGUGGUAAAUACAGCACAGGCCGAGCUCGACUCGGUAUGCGGGGAUCGCAUACCUGACCUGCGUGACUGGUCUAACCUGCCCUAUGUGAGGGGUUGCAUCAAAGAAGCUCUGCGCUGGAUGCCCGCCGGUCCGCUCGGCAUCCCGCACGCUCUGAUAGACAAUGACGAGUAUAUGGGCUAUCGGCUGCCUAAAGGAGCCACCGUCAUUUGCAAUGCUCGAGCUAUACACAACGACCCAGAGCGUUAUUCUGAUCCGCAUGUUUUUGAUCCAUCAAGAUGGGCACAUGACACCCAAACGGCUGCGAAGGCAGCAACCAACGCUGACGUGAGCCAGCGCGACCACUUUGUGUUCGGCGCGGGCCGACGUAUAUGUCAGGGUAUCCACAUCGCCGAGCGGUCUCUAUUCCUAGCUAUAUCCCGGCUUCUGUGGGCCUUUAAUUUUCAGCAGGCCGUUGAUCCGGGAACGGGCCGCAAAAUCCCGAUCCCGGGUCCGGAAGACCUGCAGGGCGGUAUGUUCGUCAUGCCUCGCCCAUUUCGUGCUAACAUUACGCCGCGCGACGCGUCAAAAGUAAGACUUAUUAGAGAGGCAUGGGAAGAAGCAGUACUUGGUCUACAGGUGUAA